AUGCUGUGCUGGGGAAAUGCUUCAUAUGGACAGCUGGGUCUAGGUGGCAUUGACGAGGAGAUUGUGGUUGAGCCACGGAUAUGUGAGUUCUUCCAUGGCAAGAGAGUGUCUGAUGUUGGGUGUGGACGUAGACACACAGCUAUCUUGUUAGAGGAUGGAACCGUGUACACCUGUGGAUGCAAUGACCUUGGGCAGCUGGGACAUGAGAAGACCAGAAAGAAACCAGAACAGGUUGUGGCUCUGGAUGCACAGAUAAUUGUAGCGCUGUCAUGUGGAGAGUCCCAUACACUUGCCCUUAAUGACAACGGGCAGAUUUUUUCGUGGGGUCUGGGCUCAGAUGGGCAGCUGGGCUUGAAUAACUUUGAUGAAUGUGUUCGUGUGCCUAGAAACAUCAAAAUUUUGUCAGAUGUACAAGUCACUCAGGUAGCCUGUGGUUACUGGCACUCCCUCGCACUUUCAAAAGGAGGCCAUAUCUUCUCAUGGGGCCAGAGUCGAUAUGGACAGCUUGGACUAGGAAUGCAGGGACACAGCGUUCCUACACCUCAGAUCAUUCAGUCUCUGCAGGGCAUUCCUUUUGCACAGAUAUCAGCAGGAGGGGCUCACAGCUUUUCCCUCACACUGUCAGGAGCGGUGUUUGGUUGGGGCCGCAACAACUUUGGUCAGCUUGGUCUCAACGACACCAACGAUCGUUGUUACCCAGUCCAGCUGAAGUCCCUGAGAUCGCAGAGAGUCAUGUAUAUCUCCUGUGGAGAGGAUCACACAGUGGCACUGACCAAGGAGGGAGGUGUGUUCACAUUUGGGGCAGGAGGUUAUGGACAACUUGGACAUGGCUCUACAAACCAUGAAAUUAACCCAAGGAAAGUGUUUGAGCUUAUGGGGAAUGUAGUCUCACAGGUAGCAUGUGGCAGGCAGCACACAUUGGCUUUCACGCCAACAUCUGGAAAGAUUCACUCAUUUGGACUCGGGGGUAAUGGGCAACUUGGAACACGUUCUACCAGCAACAGGAAAAGUCCAUACCCUGUCAAAGAUCCUGUCCUACCCCCCAUCUCUCCACCAUCUACAGAAUCUUUUUAUGUGAAGAGGAUUUAUGCUGGAGGUGAUCAGAGUUUUGCCCACUAUUGUAAGGCAAAUAGCAUAGAAGAUGUGAGUGUACAGGAACCGCACAGGAAACUGUGUACCCUGAAUGAGGAGAUCAUACAGAAGUGGUUGAAUCAUUCACCAGGGCGACUUCCACUUGAUAUUUCAAAUGAGAUUGACCUCGUGUUCUCCACACCAAGCUGCCUCAAUGGAUCUUUUCUGUCAAAAAGUCAUCCAGAUCACUACUGCACAAGCAGCAAAUAUUCAGGAGUGGAUAUGAAUAUGGCUCGCGUCCUCUUUCACAGACUUGUCCGACCAGGUCACCCUGAGAUUUCUCAGCAGAUUGCUGCAAGUCUAGAAAAGAACCUCAUUCCCAGACUGAGCAACUCUCCUCCAGACAUUGAAGCCCUCAGGCUCUACCUCACCCUUCCAGUAUGCCCACUCUUCAGUGACCAAAAUAAUUAUGUGACCAUUGCCAUCCCAUUUGCCAAAUCACUCAUCAGCCUAAAAGAGGCUCCUCUGAAGGUGCUGGGAAACUGGUGGUCUAGGUUUGAGCCUCCAGUCUUCCAGCGGCUGGUAGAGUUGUACAAAGAGGUGGUGGUUUAUCUCCUGAAGAUGAACAAAGUGGGCAUCCCAUCGGUAGAGCAGAGGAUCUUUACUUGUUUCCUGGACACUUCCCUCAGACUUCUGGAGCUCCUGCACAAGGUGAGCGAUAAGGCAGGACACAUAAUCGAGUAUGACAAAUUCUACAUCCACGAGUUGGACGACCUAAUAGACAUCAGACGUGACUAUGUCACAUGGAUUCAGAGGCAGAUGUAUCCUAUGGGUCACGACGGUGUGGUGACUCUAUGCAGGUAUCCUUUUGUAUUUGAUGCCCAGGCAAAGACGACCCUGCUUCAGACUGACGCCUUCAUUCAGAUGCAGAUAGCAGUGGACCAAGCACAGAUGCAAAACAUAAGUUCCAUGUUCCAACCAGCUGUGGAGUCUGUGAAUCCCUGCCUUAUACUUAUCGUACGGAGAGAAAAUAUAGUCGGAGACACAAUGGAAGUCCUGAGGAAGUCCAACAAUGUGGACUACAAGAAACCACUGAAGGUGAUCUUUGUUGGAGAAGAUGCUGUGGAUGCGGGAGGCGUUAGAAAGGAGUUCUUCCUUCUGAUCAUGAAAGAGCUGCUGGACCCCAAAUAUGGCAUGUUCCGUUACUACGAAGAGUCCAGGCUCAUCUGGUUUUCAAACAAGACCUUUGAAGAACAUGACUUGUUCAACCUCAUCGGGGUCAUCUGUGGUCUGGCUAUCUACAACCUCACUAUAGUGGAGCUCAACUUCCCUUUAGCUCUCUACAAGAAGCUACUGAAGAGGCAGCCAACACUGGACGACCUGAAAGAGCUCAUGCCAGAUGUGGGAAGGAGCUUGCAACAGUUACUGGACUACACAGAAGACGACCUUGAGGAAACUUUCUGCUUGAACUUCACAGUCACUGAGGAUAACUAUGGUGUCACAGAGGUGUUGGAAUUAGUCCCGAAUGGUGAAGAAAUCAAUGUAAAUAAAUCAAACAGGCAGGACUUUGUCAAUGCCUACGUUGACCAUGUCUUCAACAAUUCAGUGGCUCCACUGUUCAAGUGUUUCUACGCAGGCUUUCACAAGGUUUGUGGAGGAAAAGUUUUAGAGCUGUUCCAGCCGAACGAACUGCAGGCCAUGGUCAUUGGAAACACAAACUAUGACUGGACAGAACUUGAAAAGAGUACUGAAUACAAAGGGGAGUACUGGGCAGAUCACCCCACAAUCAAGCUCUUCUGGGAAGUGUUCCACAGUCUUCCUCUAGAGAAGAAGAAACGAUUCCUCUUAUUUGUCACAGGAAGUGACCGCAUCCCAAUCCUGGGCAUGAAAAGCCUGAAGCUGCUCAUCCAGCCCACAGGUGGAGGAGAGCACUACUUACCUGUGGCCCACACCUGCUUCAAUCUGCUGGACUUGCCUAAGUACACACGUUUAGAAACUCUCCAAGAGAAACUCUUGCAGGCUAUAGAGCACAAUCAAGGCUUUAAUUUAGCCUGAACACUCACAGAGAUGCCUAGAACUUUAUAAGAAUGUCGACAGCAGCCACCCUCCUGUGUGUUUUGUUUUUUAUGUGAUUGAGGUUGAAAGGAGGAGCAUAUGUAACAAGGUGAGGCCCACGUUAGUGUUCUAAAAAUACAUUAAAACAUUUUAUCAUUUAGAAAAUUUUGAAGUGUGUUCAUAGCAGCUCGAUGCGUUAUUGUUAAAAAGGAAUAAAUGGUCUUGUCCAUUAUUCUUGAGCAGCCCUUUCACUUGGAUUCAGGUUCAAGAUCCAAAGUAACUGGCUAAGACAUUUAUACCAAAAAACAUUUAGUUCCCAAUGAGUAUUAAGCCAAAACAAUGAACAGUUCUACAUCCAAAAAUCAGGUCACACUGACCUUGUCAAGAUUAGGUACGGGCAAGCAAAAAAAGGUCACAACACACCAUUGUUCUCCUCAACUUAUUGAUGUCUGUGAUUAAAGUGAAAAGACAGAACUACAAAAAGUUCCAAGUCAUUGUAUCAAUCAAUGCACAGUUAAAGACUGUGCUGAGCUGGUUCUACCAGAGAACACCAGCGUGAGAACCAGCUCAGCCAACAAACCCUGAACAGAAGCUGUAGAAAAUGUUUAAACGAAUGUUAGGAGGGCCCUUUGGAAGACAAUCCCUGCAGAUUGUUUUUUUCUUUUCAUGCUAUGCUGCAUCCAUUAUUGUGAACGCAUUUGUCUGGUCUUCAUUAAAAUCCAUAUAAAGGUGUGUGCAAAGAAUGUGCUGUAUCAUCUGAAUGUUCUACCAAAACUAGACGUUAGUGAAGAGGUCGAUAUAGAGAAUUUUACAAUAAUCUUGACUUGUAUUUCUUCUUGCAGUACUUGGGAUAUUUUUGGGAUAUAUUUGGGUAUGAUGAUCCCAGAUACUGGUAUUUACUUUACAGGGCAUGCAUACAGCAGCAUUAUCUCCUGUCAUUUAUAAUGAAAUGCAGCAGAACUUAUUUUUGGAGUUCAUGUAAUACAAUAGUUAAGUAUUUAGAUGGUUCACAACGCUGGAGGACAACCCCCAAAAAAUUACUUUUAACUUUAGCCUCAAAAACACAAACAUAAAAGAAAAUCAACCUAAGGCUAUCCGUUUCAACAGAGAAACAUGAGCUCCACUGUAUGUGUGUUUGUGUAUUUUAAAAGACAAAGAAAUAGAUGAUUGUGUCUAAUCUCUGCAUUAAACGUUUGAAACCA